AUGCAUUCGCUUAAUUGGACGUCGCGUCUGAUAUCCCGGGCGUUACGUAGCAGCUUUUCGACACUGCUCGAUGCAACGACAUCCACAACGACGGGUGCAACAACUACAACAACCAAAGGUGCUGCUGGAAAGGCAACUGCAAAUCGAUCUCGACCCCGAUUCGUUUCGGUGGUUUGUGGCUUUGCCAAGGACAAUCUGCGACACAAGUAUAAGCCAGGCAAAUAUGGUGAAGACUCGUGGUUCAAGGCAUCCACCGAUACAGCCGAUGUGAUGGGCGUGGCCGAUGGUGUGGGCGGCUGGCGAAGUUACGGAAUAGAUCCGGGAGAGUUCUCCUCCUUCCUCAUGCGCACCUGCGAACGCCUGGUGCGUUGCGCUCACUUCAAUCCGCAGCGACCCGUCAACCUGCUUGCCUAUAGCUACUGCGAACUGAUGGAGCAGAAGAAACCCAUACUGGGCAGCAGCACAGCCUGUGUGCUGAUUCUCAAUCGCGAGACAAGCACUGUGCACACCGCCAACAUUGGCGACAGCGGUUUCAUUGUGGUGCGUGAAGGUGAAAUCGUUCACAAAUCGGAGGAGCAACAGCACUACUUUAAUACACCCUUCCAACUCUCGCUACCGCCCCCUUGACAUGGUCCCAAUGUCCUCAGCGAUAGUCCCGAGUCAGCAGACACCAUGAGUUUCCCUGUUCAAGAGGGCGAUGUCAUCCUGAUUGCUACCGACGGUGUCUUCGAUAACGUGCCCGAAGAUCUGAUGCUGCAGGUGUUGCGCGAUGUGGAAGGUGAACGUGAUCCUGUCAAGCUGCAGAUGACCGCCAACACAUUGGCCUUGAUGGCACGCACUCUGUCGCUCAACAGUGAAUUCCUUUCGCCCUUCGCCCUUAGUGCGCGACGCAACAAUAUUCAGGCACGUGGAGGCAAGCCCGACGAUAUAACUGUGGUGCUCGCAACCGUGGCCAUGUGAAGAUUGGAUCAUGGUCGUUAGUCCUACCCCCUCCCAUACCCACUUUAGAUAUAAAUGUAAUUAAUUGUAGCUCGUACUCGUUUAGUUUAUAGGCGUGAGAAAAGAGUUUGUUCGGUAGUUUUGUCUAAGUUUUAAGCUGCAUGUUGAGAUUGAGGACGCUACACACUCGAUUGUUAGUUAACCCCCAAGCCAUAAACACAUCCGCCCCACACACACUCGUCAAUAAUCCAUACUCUUUUUACGAAAUGAAGAAAAAACGACGCAUCCUGGUGAGCGACCUACAAAACCAAAUAAUAAAUAAAGUCCGAAAGCGAAAAUCAUUUUGAAGCGAAUGCAAUGCCUUGAACUAUAUAUAUAUUAUAUGAAUAGUAUAAGUAGAAGUGCUUUCAAAAACGAAAUUAUCAGCCGAAAUGAUCGUUGUCGUCAAUGACAACGGUUACGACGAGUUCUAAUCAACAACAAUAAUAAUAAUAAUAAUGCGCGACAUGCAAUACAUACUUACAUACCCACAAUACCUACUCACACCCCCACACAUACACAUACACAGUUGAGGAAGUUAAAAGUGUAAACGCUAUGCAAUUAUUGAACUGAGGAUUUAUCCAGGCUACGACUGUCUACAAACUGUUAGUCAAAUGUACUCACUGAUAUUGCGAUUCAAUAAUAAUAAUAAAAACUGAAAAAUUAUUCAAUGAAAAACGAUAAACUAAGCA